AUGACUGUCAAGCAGAUUGAAGAAUGUCGGUCUGCUACAGUCGCUCAUAAACCCAGGGAGCGGACUCGCACUCAUUCAGCGCCAUAUUCAUACGCCGUUCGGACGUGUGGUCCUACUUGCAGUUGCGAUAUAUUUGGCCUCGAAAGUCAUUCUAAAUCACGUUUAACGGCAUGUACAGGCAUGAGGAGCACUAACGAGUCAAACAAUCAUAAAACUGUGGCAAUAAAUGUCGUUGAUACAAGUUUAGUCGAAGAGCAAUCUACAUCUACAAAUACCGAAAGUUUUUCGAAGAUCAUCGAAGAUGUGCAAACUGUCGUAGUGGACGAAGUUAUAGAUUCGAAUCAAGCAUUAGUUCAAAAUAAACAGGAAGAAACCCCCAAAAUUUCAAAGCCGAAAACUGUGACCUACGCUGCCUCAGCAAAAAUUUCUCCAGUAGUGCAUCCAGUUCAAGAAUUGUUAGAGACAGAGCAGGACUAUGUCGAAAAUCUUGUCAUACUGGUGGAGGUGUUUCUACGGCGACUUAUUGCCCUUCCGUGGAUCACUCAAGAACAAAAAGACACAGUCUCUCGAAAUGCUGAAGAUAUCCUGAAGUUUCAAUUGAGUUUUUUGGAUCUCCUUGAAACUGCGUGUGAACAAUCUGUGAAAGCCGACCUAGCCCUUCCUAUUGCAGAAUGCUUCAUUGAAAUGGGAAAUGGAUUUUCAAUUUACACCGAGUACUGUAUACAACACGAGUCAGCGCUGAAUGUAUGUAGAGAGCUCUCUUCAAAGGUGGAGUGGCAAAUGUUUGAGCAUGAUGCUAUGGCGGAAGCGGAGCAUUCAUCACCUCAGCGAAAGUUGCAGUUUCAAGAUUUCCUGAUAAAGCCUGUUCAGCGGAUAUGUCGGUAUCAACUACUGCUGAAGGAAAUUUGGAAAAUGAGACCGAAAGCACAACAAGACGUGACCGAGUUGCAAGAAGCAUUGAGAAUUAUGCACUCUGUGGUCAAUACCAUCAAUAAUGAAAAACAAAAGCGAGAUGUUACUCUCAUGACAAAUCGCUUCAUUGAACGCCUCGAAGGCGACUGGAGGCUAAACAAGCGGUCGUUACAACUACUCGGAAAUGUUAUCUACUCUGGUGCUUUGGAAAUGCUUUCGCUUCAUCAAAUGAAUCAAAAGAUCAAGUACUAUGGUUGCUUUCUCUUUUCCACCUACAUGGUCAUCGUAAGAGCAAAGAAAAGUACUGUUUACGAGCCUAAACAUUGGUUUCCUUUGAGACAAUUUUCACUGCAAACUCUUCAGGAUAACGAUGGCCACCUUUGCAACUCUUGGUUGCUUGUAUCUGGACAACAUGUGUUUGAAUUUGGUGCAUCGUGCCCGCAAGAGAAGCAAGUUUGGAUUAAAGCAAUCCAAGGCGCAAUUGCUUCGUUGAAUCCAGAGGAACACGUUGAAGCCAUCGCUCAAGCUCGAGAAAGGGAUGAAUGGCCAGAGGAUAUGUUGGUUUCUUCUUUAGAAGAGGGCAUCAAGUCACCUUCGCCGAAACUACGAUCUCGAUCAUUAGCAAAUAUCAAGGAUGCCGCCUCCGCAACCGCCAGUUGGAAGCAAAUAUGUAUCAAGUCGCCUCAAAGCGUAGCUCCUAAACAAUCUUAUUCCACUCCCAGCUCAGUAGCAAAUACACCGAGACUGUCGCAAGAAGUUUUAUUUUCAAAGAACAUUCCGGACGAUGUGCACAGCGAAAGUGGAUCUUACUCGGAAACAUAUUCUGCGGAACGAAAAGAGUCAAGCGAAAUGGAAGCAAGAUUCGUUAUGGUAGCAUCUCCUCCAAGCGGUGGUGGCUAUUUAAGUAUAGACUCUCCGGGAAAAGGAAAAUUUAAAAGUCCCAAGAGUGCUCAUAAGGAAUCUAGAAAGGCUGUGGUAGAUCAGAAGCUCUUUGAUGUCAGCACCCAGGAGGUGUUGACCGCUAAAGCACUGUCAGCACGCGAGAAGGGUAUGAUGUCGUCUAGGACUCGGCGUUUGAGCUUUGGAAAGGGCCCGACAAAACCAUUGACAUUAGUCGAUGUCAGGGACCACAAAAAUACUAAAGAAUCCUUGACACGACGCCAGUCGCACGAAAUUGUCGUGAAGAAGUUGCGGCCUAGAUCUAGCGAUAUACAAAAUGGUUCACAUCACGAUUCAUAUUCAUCGUCUGUAGAAAUUAAUACCCGAUCCUCUUCCCAACUUGAGGAACAGCCAUUGACCAACAAGGAGAUUGAUCCAGUCAGUAGUAACAUACCUCAUGGGUUCUUCGAAAAGGUCAUUGAUAAAUUUAGCGCUAUAUCAUCCCCUCAUAGACAUCGUCCUCCGGCGAUCAAAACCAAUCUACCCCGAGUCGUUCGGUCAGAUUCUCUGAAAAUGCUUCAAUCAGCCUCGACUCCCACAUCCGCCUCCUCGGCUUCUUCGGUGGGAAUCGAUGCACAUUCUGAUACUUUGAAUAGUCCAAUAGGACCUUCAGAUCGUAGCCAUAGUGAAUGGAGUCACUCAGAUAUCAUCAUAGAUGACGACAAAGUCAAGCGGACAAAGCGAUCCUCGCAACCGGCUCAAUGUGAUCGUGAAGGUUCAAAGCUACCCUCAUGGAUGAGGACUCCGGUCAGCAGGCGAAGAAGAGACUCCAAGACAAAACAAUAG